UUAAACUACACAAUCAGCUCUCAUUUCUACCACGUGUAAAGCUCAGUUUAACUGUCCACAUUUUUGAUUGUCUUUGUUUUCUUGAUGUAAAAUGUCCACACAAUUAGCUGAUUUACCUAAUGAAUUGUUGUUAAUUAUUAUAAGUUACAUAACUAAUAUUCGAGAAAAAGUUCGUUUGGCUUCAGUUAACUCAAGGUUUCAUCAUCUGGUAACUGAAGCUUGUAGAACCCAAAAAUAUAAACUGGUCAAUCACAGUGAUUAUUUGUAUGAAAGUGAAUACAAGAAUCUGGAAAAGACUGAGUAUAUUGUUAAUUUACCUGGACUACUUCGUAUUGCACCAAAUUUAACCCAUUUUGUUGAUAAAGUUUUCCACUUUAAUUAUGACUACAAUUCAGAUUCGGAAGAUAAAAAGAAACAACUUUCACUGAUUAACACCAAAUAUAUUUACCUUGAUCUAUGUGAAGCAAAAGUCUAUGGUAAAAGUUAUGAAGUAUUUGAUAUCAAAGCAGAGAUGAUACUUGGCAAUAUACCACAGGUCACUACACUGGACAUUAGGAUGGACAAAUAUCUGGAAUCACCAAUUUGUUUGAUGAACAAUUUAAAAGUGUUCAAAUUUACUUACAAUACCUUGGAAUGGUUAUUCCCAAGCAGAAUUCCCAAUGACAUCAUUUUAAAUGCUCCAAAUUUAGAAGAGGUUUCAUUCAAUUCAACAUUUGUCACCAUAGAUCCUGAAUUAACUGAAUUUCUCACCGAUCUGUCAACUCAUUGUCCAAACUUAAGAGUAUUGGAAAUGUUUUUCCAAGGAAUAGCAGAUCCUAGUAUAUUAGAAGAUGGUUACUUGUAUCUCGACCUCGAUGAAAGUAAAAUUAACUUUCCUAAAUUGGAGUAUAUCAAAUUGACCGGUUGGUCCGAUAUCGCUUCAUGGAUUUGGGAGAAGAUACUUUCAUUGGCCCCUAAUCUUAAAUAUUUGUCAUUCGAUUUAAAAGUUAACGAUGAAAUCGAAAGUUUAAUAUUAGAACAUUGUCCAAAUGCUAAAUACAAUUUAGAAAAGCCUUUUGAGAUCGAAGAAGAAUUCAGAAUCUACAAUCAAAAAAUUCGUGGAUUUGAUGAAUCUCGUUACCUGUAGAUUGAAAAAUCAACUACAAUUUAAGAAAAGAUAACAAUUAAAAAUAGAAAAUGAUUAA